AUGGCGCUUUCUGGAACUUCAUCUUUACCGGGCUCAAUGAAAUGGGAUUCAAGAAUCUCAUUCAUAGACGCCACCGCAAAUAGAUAUGAGCGGCUAUCGGCCCCGGAGGAUGGACUGCGGUCAAUUAAAAGAGCUAGAGCAAGCAAACCUAAGGUCAAGUCUGGUUGUAUUACAUGCAAGGCUCGUCGUGUCAAAUGUGAUGAGACGAAACCACAAUGUCUUCGAUGUCAAAAGUUCGGACGAAUAUGCGAUGGGUACGCGCACGAGAUCCCAUCACGAGGAAAUAUGAUGCCGAUCCAACCUCGAAUUCCAACAGCAGAUUUUUAUACUCCUAGUAUUUCUCUCGAAGCAACAGAGGAGGAAGGCCGGUACUUCCGAUACUUCUGUGAUCGAACAGCAUAUCAAUUGCCUGGUUAUUUCGACCCCACUUUUUGGAAUCAUAUAAUUCUUCAAGAGAGUCACCAUGUCACCCCAAUUCGACAUGCAGUAAUCGCUGUUGGGGCUCUCAAAAAAGCCAUCGAAGAAGCAUCUGGACCGCAUCUGAAGAUUAAUGUCAUUCAAGAUAUCAAUAAGAAACAUUAUGAAUUUGCCGUCUUGCAACAUCUCAAAGCCAUUCAGGCUCUGAACCAAUACAUAUCUAAUUCCAAUGGGCCACAACUGAGGACGGCUCUCAUGGCAUGUUUACUCUUUGUUUGCUUUGAAACUAUACAAGGAAGUUAUGCUUCAUCCGUACAGCAAACAUACGGAGGCUUGAAGCUCCUGAGAAGCUAUUAUGCUGGAAAACCUGGAUCGAAGCCAUGGAUUCCACGGCGUAUCUCAGCUAGCUUCAAUACUAAACCCCAAACCGAUAAGGUUAUGGCAAAACUCCAUAGUCGGCUAGGUAUGGAUAGUUCCUCUAAGUCGGCAGCCAUUUCAUCGCACAUUGAGGAAUAUCUGGAAACUGAAAAGCCAUCACUUCAAUCUACCCAUACUCCUAUUAUAGAAAGGACACCCACACCUCCGCAAAGGGAUUAUAGUCCACGACUUGAUGAAAUGGCUAUUCCAUCACACUACAAGUCGAACUUAACAUCAGAGCAAGAAUGUCUUCUAUCGGGUACACCAAUUCAGGAUUUUCAGAGUGCGUAUCAUACCCCUAGUGAGUAUAUAUCGCCAAACGUAUUCCACAGCUCCAAUAUUACGAUGCCCAUCGCUGUGAUCAGCAAAGGUUCUUCAUCCAGUCAUUCAACCUCAACAAUUGACACGCCAGAGUCAGCUUAUACUCCCCCUUCGAUGGGCAAUACACCACCUCCUACUACCUAUACGUCUUCUCAAUCCCCACCAGUACUCACUAAUCCUCGAAAACGCCCUCUGCAAUCAAGGAGUCCCACUCCUAUUCUUAAUAAUGACUUCACACUGGAAGAAAAUAUCAUACGGGCCUUUGUCCGUCUGGAUGGUCAAGGCUUAUUCUUCGGCAUGACACCGGGUAUUCCUCCCCUCUUUUGGGACAUCCAUUCUGCACAUCACAUCCCCAUACCAAAAACAUUUACAAGCUUCUCCGAAGCUCAACAAUGCUGGGAUUUUUUGAUGGACCGAACACUUCAAUACUAUCGACGAACGCUUUUCGACCGAAAAUAUGCUAGUGCGAAAAGUGAUACCCCAGAUGAAAUAGCACAGCAAUAUGCAACAUACGCCGCUAGACUAGAUGAAUUCGAGCAGGCUUUCAACCCUAUACUAAACUCGUCGAUAUCCCUCGAGGGAAUCGUGCUUAACCAGGCCGCUAUUGUUCUUAUAAUACAUCUCAAAGCCACAGCGAUCACACUCUCAGCCGUCACUUCCACCUCAGAAAUGGUGUAUGACUCCUUUAUGAACGAUUUUCAAUAUAUAGUUCGAGCUGCGGAAUUACUCAUUAUAAAAUCGGAGGCAAAUCCCUCGGCUUCAAUUUCAUCACGAUUCAGUUUUGAUAUUGGUAUUGUUCCACCAUUACAUGUCGUGGCCACCAAAUGUAGGGAGCCAAACAUCAGAAGAAGGGCAGUGAAGCUACUAUUCAGGAGUCCGAGGCAAGAAGGAAUGUGGGAUGGAAUUUUGAGCGCUAGGAUUUGUAGAUGGAUCAUCAGCUGUGAGGAGGAUGGAUUAGACGUCCCCAUGAGACUCAAAUCCCCUGAUGCACAACCAGACUGUUACAAUCAAAUAUUCCCGUAUAUGGAAUCACCACAAUCUUUCGAAGAAGGGUUGUCGCCGAAAUACGGGAAGAAUGGGGACACGAUUCUGAAUAAUGAUAUACUACAAGAUCAUUUUACGCCCUACUUGUCACAAAGUCAAAGUCCAGUUCCUCGAACUCCCUCGCCGUAUACCCAAGCUCAUACACCGCCCAUGAGAAAAAGAAUUUCAAUGCCGCGACAAGAGAAAGUCUGGACGGUGCCGGAAGAUAAACGCUUCCAAUUGGUAGUCGUAGAUUUUCAUGUACCAGAUCGUUAUAUUAUGGUUAGAUGUAAAAGAUCCAUCCCAAGCAAAGAUGGCACAAGAGAGGAACGAGAGUCCAUCAUUGCUUGGUAA